CGCAAAUCACAACACAAGCCCAGGACAGUGGUUGCGCAUCUGGAGGGCAACGACCCCAGCACGUCACGUGACUCCUGUCGCUCAACGCAACCCCGUGCUCGUGUUUAGUGCGCGCGCUCUCUCCCUCCUCUCGCACUUCUCCUCCUCCUCCUCCUCCUCCUCCCCAAAUGUUCUCCAGAGCUCCCGGGACUUCUGUCGCGCUUCCAGCUCGUCCUGCCCGCGAUAUGAGCUCCAUCCUCUCCUGCCGGGACACGCGCUUCGAGUGCGCGUACUCGGCCUCUCCGCCGGUGCGCGCCGCUGUUGACGUUUCCACGUCGACGCUCGUGUCCCUGUGGGACGCCGGUCGCUUGGACGACGUGGGCUGCCGGCGCGAGCUUCCGCAGCUGGUUCCAGCGCAUGCUUCUCUUCACGACUCCGUCUGGCAGGACCCCCUGUCCCCUCACCUCCAGCGGAACAAGCAGCUUCAAGAUACGUUGAUACAGAAAGAAGAAGAACUCGCAAGACUCCAGGAAGAGAACAACAAACUCAAGGAGUUUCUAAACUCAUCCUAUGUGAAGUCACUAGAAGACAAGUCAAAGAGGAUUUUCUCAGAGGGGCGGCAAAGGAAAAGAGCUCUACACGACGAGACAGACUUCGUGAACUUGAGCCGGCUGUUGCAGGGCGGCGAGGGGAAGCGGACGUGCCGCAACCUCUCUCUGGAGUUCUGCUCGGCUGAUGAAGUGGCAGCGACGCCUCCGCUCGACUCCUGGGUUCUGGAAACGCUGGGGCUGCAGGAUGAGGACACCAUCAACACUGACAGCAGUUUCAGCAGCCCUACGACAGAUCACACGCCUACCUUCAGCUCCCCAGCACCCAGCACAGACCACUUCAGCCCUGCACUCCAGGACAGCACCAUGUACAGCCCUUAUUCUUCGGACAGCCACUGCGAAUACAGUGGCCCCAUCGAGUCAUCGUGUGGCUUCAGCCACGGUAUGGACGGAAGCGAGGAUUUUUGGUCUCUUGGCACGUCACGGAUGUACACCGUGACGUUAACGGGGUCACUUCGGGAUCUUCCGAAUAGACACUUCAGCCCUCCCAAGGCGGCGUCAACUCCUCAGCGCCCCCACAUCCGAGCUCAGAGCAUCGCCAUCAUGGCAACGGUUUCCCCAGUCCAACAGGGGACGAGGGAGCACCAUUGUCCACGCGCAGUCGAACUGACUUAGCGUUCAGCAUGUCACUGAGUCCACAAAACAGCGUCAAGACCCACACAUUCCCACAGGGACAGGCUUUCACACGCAGAGACUCACAAGGUGGAUGGAAUUUCACCUGGCUGCCUAAACAGUGUUCAUAAAGUAAAUGAUAUGAAGAAGCUAUUUCUCAUUUAUUAAAACCCCAGAUAUGGCAUGGAAAGCAAGCAUUCUUACGAAUAAUAUGAAUCAACCACAGUGUGUAUGGUAUAUUUGAACUCUUGGUAUUAUUAAAAACUAUUAUUUUGUGUUAAAUCUGACUUGGGGA